AUGGCGGUGACGACUACCAAGCCCAAGGACAAUGCGGAGAAGCCUGUGAGUGCCAAGGACCCGGCAGACGAAACGAACCGAGCCCCCGAUGACGCGGAGGAAGAGGACAGCGUCGCCAAGAGCGACGAGGAGAGUGCUGGCGCUGACGACGAGAAGGAAGACUCGGUGGAGGAGACGGAGGACGACGCAGCGAAGCAGGAGAACGAUGAUGAUGACGACGAUGAGGAGGAAGACGAUGGGGAUGAUGGAGAGGAGGAGGAGGAGGAAGUCGGGCUGUCGUACCUCUACACGAACUUUGAGGACGACGAGAACGACGAGGACUUCAAGGUGGACGCAGCAGCUCAGGAUGAGGAUGAUGACGAGGAGGAAGAAGAGGAGGAGGAAGAGGACGAUGCUGGCGCCGCCGCGGAGGAUGAGGAUGAUGGGGAGCAGGUCACUGCCGACGACGAGGACAAUGGCGACGGCGAUGAUGAUGUCGAGAACAAUGAGACUGCCGACGACGCAAACGGAGGUGACGAUGAUGGAGCUGCCGGUGAUGAAGAGGAGGACAACGAGGAGGAGGAAGACGGCCCACCAGCUAAGAAGCAAAAAAACUAA